UGCUUCUUUACUAGUUCUUGAAAGUACCCCAGUUGGUGAAUUUAAGUGUUGUAAAAGGGGUACUAUCAAAAACCCAAUUUAGGCUACUGCAUGCUAUAUAAUUGGGGUUAGGAAUUUGUGCUUUUUAUUGGCAUUUUUUGCUUAACAUAUUUCAGAAUAUAUGAAAAGUCUUGUUGGAGUCUAUUCUUUUUCUUGAUACUUGUGGGGCUUUGAGUUUUUUUUGAUUCUAAGCUUCAGCUGAGACAAUUGGUGCACGAAUUGAGUUCAGAACAAUAUUUGUGGAUCCUCUCCCUCUCUGCUGCCUUUGUAUUUUCUUGAAAAUGGGUACUAAGGAAACUGGUUCCUUCAAUUGCCCUUCUACUGGGAUGGAUAGAGCAGAUUCAAUGCCUAAUGUUGACCCUUUUAGUGGUUCUGGCUGGGAUCCACUUCUUUCACUGAAUCAGAAGGGAGGAUUUAAAGGAUCUUCAGUUGUUGGUCACAAUGAGUUUGUCAAUUUGCCUUAUCCAUCAUCUCAUUUUAUUCAUUAUCCAUCUGAUUCAAAUCUAGCUGAAAUGGUCCCAAAGAUUGCAGCUUUUGGAAAUGAAAGUUACUCAGAAUUGGUCAAUAAUUUUCCUUUACAAGAACAGCUAAGAGGGGCAAAUUGUUAUGCGAACCAUGUCAAGAACAGAGGGAUUUCCACUGAAGGAGAGUGCCAAAUUUCUGGUGAAGGUGCUGUGGAAGUUUCACCAAAUGGGAAGAGGAAAAUAUCAGAAAAUCAUUCUUUAUCCAAUGCCAACAAGAAUGCUGAAGGAGAGCUGCAGAGGGCUCCAUCAAGGGAUAGUUCAGACUGUUCGAAAGAACAAGAUGGUGGAAAAAGACACAAAACAGACCAGAAUGUUAGUGAUAAUUUAAGGAGCAAGCAAGCAGGUAAACAAGUUAAGGAUGAUUCUGAUGGUGGGGAACCUCCAAAGGAUAAUUAUGUUCAUAUUAGGGCUAAAAGAGGGCAAGCCACAAACAGCCACAGCCUUGCUGAAAGGGUGAGGAGAGAAAGGAUCAGUGAGAGGAUGAGAUUGCUUCAAGAACUAGUUCCAGGCUGCAACAAGAUAACUGGAAAAGCUGUGAUGCUUGAUGAGAUUAUCAACUACGUGCAAUCGCUGCAACAGCAAGUUGAGUUCCUGUCAAUGAAACUUGCUACUGUAAAUCCGGAACUGAACUUUGAUAUUGAUCGUAUUUUGUCAAAAGAGAUGCUCCAUCAGCAAACUAGCAAUGCAGCUCUUCUUGGUCUUGGUCCAGGUCUAAGCUCCUCUCUUCCUUUUCCUGGAAUUUCACAUGGAAGUUUUCCUGGUAUCCCCACAACGACACCACCCUUCCACCCCUUGCCCCAGAAUGUAUGGGAUAAUGAGCUCCAAAGCCUUCUUCAAAUGGGAUUUGAUUCAACUUCAUCUAUGAACAAUAUGGGACCAAAUGGACGGUCAAAGUUGGAUCUGUAGAUUCUUUUUGGGACAGAUGUUUGUGAUGUUUUACUCUGAUCAGAAGAUUCAAUUUACCCCAAUUGACUGCAAAAUCUGUUUUGCAUAUUUGGACAGAAGAUAUAGUGAAAAUUUACUUUACUUUUUUUCUGGAGUUGUAUAGGAUAUUGGCUCCUAACUCAUUUUGUGUUCUUCGAGUUUUAGCAGAAGAGAUUAUGUUAGAUUGGUAAGAAAUGACUGUACAUUGAAAACAAGAAACAUCAUUUGGGGUAAGAUGUCUUGUUUCAAUUAUGUUUGUGCAAGUGUAAGAAUUUGUUUUUAAGUUUUAUGAGGAUUUUUGAGAGAAAAAACAUUGGUAAUUUUCUUGUAAAGUGUUGUGAUAUCGGAAAUGAUCAUCAAUAUAGUAGUGUUUUCUUUUUCUUA